AUGCUUCUUCCUUAUAUUUUAGUGUACACUAGAGUUCGACUGAUCCUUAUAACAAUUAUAGUUGUUUCCAUAAUUAUUUUAGUAUCCUUCCCUGACUGGCACCGAUUACAAUACUUGAACAAGUCAAAAUGCUGGAAAGCCGCUUCUGGUCCAGUGAGUUCCCACUGGAUUACGGAAUUAAAACAACAUGAGCGCCAGAUCUUUUCUCAAAAUGGUGAAGAUGGUGUGCUCCUUUGGAUCUUCGCCAAUAUCGGUACGAUUCAUCAUCCACCCCGUUUUGUCGAGUUCGGUGUUCAAAAUGGCCAACAAUGCAACACACGUUUUCUUCGUGAACAUCUUGGAUGGCAAGGUCUAAUGAUGGAUGGUGGUCAUAACAUUUCCUCUAUUAACCUUCAUCGUGAGAUGAUUUCUUCAAAAAAUAUUAAUGACUUGCUCGCAAAAUAUGGAACUCAAGCCGUCAUUGAUCUUCUUUCUAUUGAUAUAGAUUUCGACGAUUACUUUGUUUGGAAGUCAAUACUGCAAGCGAACCGAUUCCAUGCUCGUGUAGUAGUUAUUGAAUUUAAUUAUGAGAUUCUACCCAACGAAAAUCGAGUUGUCAAUCCUAAUCAAGAUUCACGCCGAUGGACGGGUACUUCAUUCUAUGGAGCUGGAAUUCUAGCCUUAGCAGCACUUGGGCGUGCUCAUGGAUAUACACUUGUGUACGGAGAACAGAAUGGUGUAAACUUAUUUUUUGUUCAAACAUGUUUGCUUGCUCAACAAGGAGUACUUAAUAAUGUACCAUCCGUAGAGCAACUACAUGUAUCGACACCUGUUGGUAAGUGGAAGCAUCCACCCGAAAGAGACAAGUCACGAGCUUGGAUAUGGAAUGAUACUAUUUGGAACUAG